AUGCAGCAGGCGCACUGCCACCAACGCAUCCAGGUGGCAAUGUCAGCCUGCAAGCUUGGAGAGGCGCUGAGCGUGCAGCCGGGAAAUGCAACCGCCGCAGCCGCCGCCCCGAAGCCGUACAUAAAGGAGGAGAUCGCGCUAAAAUCGCUGCUGCGAAACGCACGCUGCCCGCUGCACCUGUACAUCUUGGUGGCGGCCGAUGCGGAUGCUGAGAUUGUCCGCAGCUGGCUGCAACGCCUCCGCAGCCCGUGGCAACCGGUCACAUACUCCUUUGUCACCAUCGAUGACGGCGCCGUGCUUGAGCGGCUGGCGGCGAUUCAUGGGCCCCUGAAGGGCUACAUGGGAUACUGCGGCCUUGCGCGGAUGUUCUUCACGGAGUUUCUGCCGCACGAAGAGCGCGUGUUGUGGCUGGACACAGACACAGUCGUCAACGGCGAUGUCUGCCAGCUGUGGCCCCACUUUGACUGCUUCAACGCCAGCCAGAUCAUCGGCUUCCCCGGUGAUCCGACCAUUCCCAAUCUGCACCACCCGUUCGGGCUGUGCUCCUGCGUGGCGCUGAUGGACCUGACACGAAUGCGCGCGGCCGGCUGGGGCGGCAGCUUCAUGGCAGCUGCCCUGGAAGCCCACCUCAAAGUCAACCCGUCAGAGGUGUUCCCUUACGGUGACCAGGAUGUGCUGCGCAUUGUGCAACGCCACUACCCCGAUUCUGCAUACCGGCUGCCCAGCGGAUGGAACGUGAUGCCCUUCUGCCCGGCCUACGACGCAGCGAUGCACGAGACGGCCGUGGAUGCAUUUGUGGGCAUCAUUCACUUCACAUGCACCGUCAAGCAGCACAUCUACAGCUCAAUGGCCAGUUUUGGCCGCUGGGCGUGGCUUGUGCAGUUCUAUGCUGACAUGAGAUGGGAGUGGCUGAAUGAGGGCCGCAGUGAUCUGCGCAUGUUUGAGCGGCAGCCGAUCCAUGUCGGCAACAUGUCAUCUCAUGCCAGAGUUUGA